AGACCAUGAUUCGUAUAUAAUCAUGCUGAUAAAAUUUAGUUUAUUUCCAUUUCCACCCUAUCGAGAAAAUCUGACAUAAAAUAAUCUGCGCAAGCCUAAUUUUCCAGCUGUUUUCCAAUGAUUUUCACGCACUAGCAAUGUCAGUUUUUCAAGAUUUUUCUCGCUACAUUACUCUAAAUAAACAUUGUUAACAAAAAGAACGAUUUAAAGCAAAAUUAAGUCUUUUUCAAGAGUUCUAUAUCAUAUAAAAUAUUAAUAAACACACAAAAGACACAAAAAGCUCCUGGAUUAAAGAAAAUAUGAUGGAAAAAGAGUGCGACAUAAAAAUAUUGUAAACCAAACCAAAACAGAAUGUGAAAAAUAAAAAAGAAACCAUAAAUUUUAAAAGAUACAUUUUUGUGGCAUAUCAUCGUUAUGAAAUCUAGCCAUGGUGGUGAAAUUUCCCAAGAAUAUAUACGGUGACCCAAAUAACAACCUGGAUUUCAACUUAAGAACAAUAUGAUUCUGAGUGAUAUUGCCCUACGAUUUUUCAUAGUUUAUUUUGAGAUUGGUGCUGUUUUUUCUAGCAAGGUUCUUCAAGAAGAUUUGACUUCUGAUUCAUGUUCACCUCCGCUACUAGCUCUUAACGGUACACAAACAGAGAAAGGGGAAUUAAGAAUAAAGAAGGACUAUUCCCAUGUGAAGGAGGUUAAGUUUUCUGGGUCCAUCGGACCACUGGGUGAGAAAAGAUUGUGCAAGAUAAAAUGCAUAGGUGGGCAGUGGGUUGGACCACUGUGCGUAGACCAGCAAGAUAAUGGUAGAUUUCAGCCGUUAUUUAAAAACUGCAAGCUGGAAUACAUCAAUCCACAUCUUGUAGUGACAUUUAAGAAUAUAACAAUACAUAAUCCAGGAUUGGUAUUUCCUCAUGGGUCACAACUACAAAUCAGAUGCAGAGAAUUGGGACUGUAUAAGCUGUUGGGUACUGCCAAUCCUAGGUGCCAUAACGGUGAAUGGUCUACAAGGUUGCCCAGUUGUGUAUCAACGACACUUCUUACAAAUUAUACAGAAGAUUCUCCGCCUACAAUCCUGAUUAAAAUCCCAUCUGGAUCAGCUAGUGUAGAACCCGGAGGUGAUCUAGCGGUCUUUCCAGGCUCUACCCUUCAUUUCGAAUGUUUAUAUCCCAGAAGAGUAGGGUCACCUGACUGGACUUGGACAACACCACUUGGACAGUACCUGACAGGUUGGGCUAUAGCUUCCGAAGAAAGAGACUGGAAAUACCGAUUAUCCAUUUAUUAUGCCAAAUCACAAGAUUCGGGUACUUUUACCUGUGCUACACCGAGAGGAAUCACAAACAGUAUCACUCUUCACGUCAUUGCUGUAACAUGUGAACCUAUAUCGGUAAGCGGGAUGCACCUUACAGUUCGAGUCGAAGGCACACGCUUAGGACACAGUGCCUACUUCUACUGCCCCACAGGCUACAUGGUCAGUGGAGCUCCAAACCUUACAUGCCAAGCUUCAGGCAAAUGGUCGGCACCGGUACCAAAGUGUGAACCUGUCCGCUGUCCAUCGUUUAGUGCCCCAGGUGGUCUUACUGAGCCCCAUUUGCAGUUAGAAGAGCACAACAACAGUUUUGGGGGUAGAGCAGUCUUCAAUUGUGCCUGGGGGUACAAAUUGGUCGGUAUCCCCGGAUUGGAGUGUGAAAUAAAUGGGAAUUGGAGUGGUAGAUUACCCAGAUGUGUUCCUGUUCAAUGUCCUCCACCUGUACUACCCCUGCAUGGUCACUUGAUCCAAUCGGAAAUGCCUGGAAUGGACGGUGGACGAUAUGCUGUUGGCAGUUUGGUUCAAUUUGCUUGUAAAGGAGCCCAUUUGCUUGAGGGUGAAGCCAGCAUCAUAUGCACCGAAACGGGAUUUUGGAGUCAUCCACCACCAUUUUGUAAACCAAGAUGUCCGUACUUGGGCGAACCAGAGAACGGGUCAGUGGAUCCAACAAAGUUCGCCUAUGAUCCAGACGAUGAGCUCCAAGUGACUUGUAAUCCGGGAUUCGAAUCCAGACUUGAAGAGCAAAGAUUAAAGUGUCUUCCUGAUGGCGAAUGGAGUGGUACUUUGCCAAAUUGCACGAGUUACGAACAAAUUUAAUGAUUAUCCUUUAAAGAAAUAUCUAAAAAGUUACCUACCAUUUCAAAUAAAGUAAAAGAAAAAAUACUAGGAAAUUAUAUGUAUUUAAUAAGAAUGUUUUUUUAACAGAGUAUAAGCACAAUAUGGAAACUUUUUUUGGACAAUAAACUGUCCAGAAAAACCUGUAGAUAUUUUUUUGAUAAUGGUAAAAUUUAGCCGGCGUAAUUUUAAUAUUUCAAAGAAUUAAAUAAAUAUUGGGCCUAUAUUCCCCCCACCGUUUAAAGCCUCGUCUACACAUAAUGUUUUGCCUGUCAGUCAUACCGGUUCGGUCAAAACGUAUCAAAUAAAACACUAAGUGUAGUCUGAGCUUAAAAUACUCUACCAUUAAUUUAUUAUAGAAACUCGUAAUUAUAAUAAAGUUUAAAAUUAAAAUUAUAUUACCUACCUACUAAUCUUAAAGAACUUCCAUAAAAAUAUUCAUUUUGUAUCAAAUAUAAAGUCAUCCGAAACAAAA